AUGACGCAAACUAGCGAAAUGAUAGUUACGACGAGGACGUAUGUCUGCGUUUGCAUCUAUUUUUGCUAUCAUCAUUUUUAUUUCAUCGUUUCUUCCUUACCAAUGUUUAUUGCCGUGAUAAUCGCCUGCUCAGUUACAUCUAUAUAUGCACGAGUCAUGUACAUUGAUAUCUCACUGUCUUCAUAUCUAUCUAUCUAUCUAUCUAUCUAUUUUCCUGUUCUUUUCAUCUCUCUCACACGCUGUAUAUCUAUCUAUCUAUCUAUCUAUUUUCCUGUUCUUUUCAUCUCUCUCACCCGCUGUAUAUCUAUCUAUCUAUCUAUCUAUUUUCCUGUUCUUUUCAUCGCUCUCACCCGCUGUAUAUCUAUCUAUCUAUCUAUCUAUUUUCCUGUUCUUUUCAUCUCUCUCAUCUAUCUAUCUAUCUAUCUAUCUAUUUUCCUUUCUUUCAUCGCUCUCUCACGCUGUAUAUCUAUCUCUAUCUAUCUAUCUAUCUAUCUAUCUAUUUUCCUGUUCUUUUCAUCGCUCUCACACGCUGUAUAUCUAUCUAUCUAUCUAUCUAUUUUCCUGUUCUUUUCAUCGCUCUCACACGCUGUAUAUCUAUCUAUCUAUCUAUCUAUCUAUCUAUCUAUCUACCUAUUUUCCUGUUCUUUUCAUCGCUCUCACACGCUGUAUAUCUAUCUAUCUAUCUAUCUAUCCAUUUCCUGUUCUUUUCAUCUCCCUCACACGCUGUAUAUCUAUCUAUCAGUAUGUGCGAUGUUCACCAUUCAAACUCGCGAAAGUAAAGAAACCACGACGACUUUUUAUUACGCAUUCUUAUGCUGCAUUGAACCUUCGCCCAGAAGUGAUUUACCGUAUGCAUCUAUCUAUUUUUUAGAGGACGAAAUACAUGACACACUAUUUCGUACUUUUCUAUCUCUCUACCUCUCUAUCUCUCUACCUCUCUAUCUCUCUACGUCUCUGUCUCUACCUCUCUGUCUAUCUCUCUACCUCUCUGUCUCUCUACCUCUCUGUCUACCUCUCUAUAUCUAUCUCUCUACCUCUCUAUCUCUCUAUCUAUCUGCCUACCUAUCUCUCUACCUAUCUCUCUACCUAUCUCUCUAUCUAUCUAUCUCUCUGUCUACCUCUCUAUCUAUCUAUGUAUUUAACAAUCCAUUGGAGAGCAAGUGCUAA